AUGAUGUCCUCAACCAACGAGGAGGAUCCGUUCCUCCAAGUCCAACAGGAUGUCCUCUCGCAAAUACAGACCGUCCGCCCGCUCUUCGCCUCGUACCUGCGCAUCCGCAGCCUGACCUCCAGCUCGAGCUCGCCCGAGCUCGCCUCCGCGCGCUCCGACCUCGAACAGGCCCUCGCCUCGCUGGCCGAGGACCUCGCCGACCUCGUCGAGUCCGUCCAGGCCGCCGAGUCGGACCCCGCGCGCUACGGCCUGUCCGCGCACGAGGUCACGCGGCGCAAGCGCCUCGUGCAGGAGGUCGGCGGCGAGGUUGAGGACAUGCGCGAGGAGCUCGGCAAGACCGCGCGAUCGACAACAACAACAUCUGCCGCCGCGCGCGCUGCUAAGGCCGCUGCGGACGGGGACCUGCCGCCGCCGAGCGCGUUUGCGAUCGAGGAGGGAAGAGGAGGGGGAGCAGCAGACGACGAUGACGACGACAAUUACGCCGAGUUCGAGCACAGGCAACAGUUGCAGAUGAUGCGGGACCAGGACGAGCAGCUGGACGGCGUCUUUGUCACGGUGGGCAAUCUGAGGAGGCAGGCCGACGACAUGGGCCGCGAGCUCGAGGAGCAGGUCGAGAUGCUCGAGACGGUGGAUACCCUGGCCGACCGCGUGAGCGGCCGUCUACAGACGGGGAUGCAGAAGCUGGGCUACGUCAUGCGGCAGAACGAGGAUCGAUAUAGCAGCUGCUGCAUAGCGGUCCUCAUCACGGUUUUGAUUAUACUACUGGUACUAUUAUUGGUGUUAUAG